GUUCCUUUAUUAUUGGUCGGCCAGUGCUGUGUUGACACGACUGACACGCUCUAGAAGAAAACAAUCGCUCCACAGUGUUUUUUACUUGGUAAAUUAGUAGUUAGUUAAUAGUGAAUAGGACAUUAUGGAGCUGAAACCAUUAUCUCAUGGGUUACUACUGGUUUUUCUGACGAGUUUUGUUGAUGGAGAGUUCACGGCUGAAGACUGCAAGACCUUAGGAUUUAAUAAAGCGACUUUGCUCUGCUCCACGUGCGAACAGUCCGCGGAUUUCAAUCUGAAUGAGAUCCGGGAUCAUUGCCGAGAGUGUUGUGUUAAGGACGACGACACUUCAGGGAAGCGUUAUCCAAGAGCGGUUUUGGAAGUCUGCACCUGUAAAUUCGGUGCUUACCCUCAGAUCCAGGCAUUCAUCAAGAGUGAUCGCCCCAAAAAGUACAAAAAUCUCCAGAUCAAGUAUAUUCGAGGUCUGGACCCAGAGAUGAAGCUGUAUGAUGCUGAUGGUAACGUUGAAAACCUGGACAUCCGUAAAUGGGACACAGAUUCAGUUGACGAAUUCCUUCAGACCCAUUUAGUUCUAGAGUAGAGGAGUAAGCUAGCACCAACGAAUUUUUGUAAUAUACUCGUCUGUAGGAAACAAAAAAUACAAUUUUUCCACAAUCUAUUACA